AUAAGACAAUGGAAUUACAUUUGGUGUGGAUUUAGUACAGCUUGUGGGAAGCUUUACUUUUAUUGGUUAUAAGAUUUUUGUUGUUGUUGUUGAUAUUAGAAAGCUACAAUGGGAAGUAAGCGUUUGGGAAGCUGAUUCAAGAUUCUCUGCCAUCGAUCAGCUCGUUUCUGCUGUUAAACGAGCUUAUAAUGGAACGAGCGAUGGAGCAGCUAAAUGUACAGUUGAGUCGUCUAACGCGUUCAUUGAGACGAGCACGGACAGUCGAGCUUCCUGAAGAUCUGUCUCAGAGCUGUUGAUGAAUUCCAAAUUUGACGUUAAUUAUGCUUUUGGGCGUGUGAAGAGGAGCUUGCUUCAUAUUGCAGCCAACUGUGGCUCUGUUGAAUGUCUUGUGCUGCUCUUAAAAAAGGGAGCAAAUCCAAACUACCAGGAUAUUUCAGGAUGUACACCUCUUCACUUGGCAGCUAGGAAUGGGCAAAAGAAGUGCAUGGCCAAGUUGCUGGAGUUCAAUGCAGAUGUGAAUAUCUGUAACAAUGAGGGCCUGACUACUAUUCACUGGCUUGCUGUCAAUGGACGGACAGAGUUGCUCCAUGACUUGUUACAACAUGUCAGUAACGUAGAUGUUGAAGACUCAAUGGGGCAGACUGCAUUGCAUGUUGCAUGUCAAAAUGGCCAUAAGACGACAGUUUUGUGCUUGCUGGAUAGUGGUGCCGAUAUCAACAGGCCAAACGUUUCUGGAGCCACUCCUCUUUACUUUGCCUGCAGCCAUGGGCAAAGAGACACAGCACAAAUACUACUUUCACGAGGGGCAAAAUAUCAACCUGAUAGAAAUGGUAUUACUCCAUUGGACCUCUGUGUACAGGGUGGGUAUGGAGAGACAUGUGAUAUUUUAAUACAGCAUCAACCCAGGUUGUUCCAGACCCUUAUUCAAAUGACACAGAAUGAGGAACUUAAGGAGAAUAUGCUGCGGCAGGUACUGGAACAUCUUUCUCAAGUGAGUGAGGCUCAGUAUCUGAAAAUCCUAACCAGCCUUGCUGAGUCAGCCACAACAAAUGGACACAAAUUGCUGAGUUUGUCAAGUAAUUACGAAGCUCAGAUGAAGAGCCUGUUGAGAAUUGUACGGAUAUUCUGCCAUGUGUUUCACCUAGGCCCAACUUCCCCCAGUAAUGGAAAUGACAUGGGGUACAAUGGAAAUAAAACUCCAAGAAGUCAGGUGUUCAAGGUCAGAAAAGUAUAUGACGUUAUUAGGAAGAUUGACGUUAAACAGAUGAAUAACACAAAGCAUACAUACAUUAAUCACACGACUUCUGAACAGGAUCCCUUAGAAUUACUUUGGCAUUCUUUAGAAGAAUGGCUGGUUCUGAUUGGCACGGAAUUGAAAAAGAACAAAAUGGCCAGUACGAAUAACAUUGCUUCACUUCUUCUAAAACGGAGGAGGUCUGAUGAACAAGUGUCUAGUUCUGCUGGACUUCCAGACAUCAUUGAUAUGGAAGACAUGAAAGGCGCAGCAAGCAUGGAGAAAUCGUCAUUAAACAUGGUCGCUGAGAAACCAGAAGGUAGUGCAGACUGCCAGGAUGUCAUCUCUGUUACAGCAAACAGACUGAGUGCUGUUAUUCAGACAUUUUAUAUGUGCUGUUCCUGUCAGAUGCCUCAUGGGAUGACAUCUCCUCGAUUUAUUGAAUUUGUCUGUAAACAUGAUGAAGUUCUCAAGUGCUUUGUUAACAGAAACCCCAAAAUCAUUUUUGAUCACUUUCACUUCCUCCUUGAAUGCCCAGAACUGAUGUCUAGAUUUAUGCACAUAAUAAAAGCCCAGCCUUUCAAAGAGAGGUGUGACUGGUUUUAUGAACAUGUGUAUGCAGGACAUGCAGACUCUGAUAUGGUGCAUAGACCAGUGAAUGAAACGGACAUCCUUCUUAUUGAGAGAGAUUCUAUUUUCAGGAGCAGCUGUGAAGUAGUAUCUAAAGCAAGUGAAGAAAAAUUAAAGCAAGGGAUUGCUGUGCGUUUCCAAGGAGAAGAGGGCAUGGGCCAAGGUGUGGUUCGUGAAUGGUUUGAUAUUCUUUCUAAUGAAAUAGUUAAUCCAGACUAUGCACUCUUCACUCAGUCUGCUGAUGGAACAACAUUUCAGCCUAACAGCAACUCCUCUGUAAAUCCAGAUCACUUAAAUUACUUUCGAUUUGCCGGGCAGAUUUUGGGUUUAGCACUGUACCACAGGCAGCUGGUCAACAUUUACUUCACAAGGUCCUUCUACAAGCACAUACUUGGCAUUCCUGUGAAUUAUCAGGAUGUGGCCUCCAUAGAUCCUGAGUAUGCUAAGAACUUGCAGUGGCUUCUGGACAAUGAUAUCAGUGACCUUGGGCUUGAGCUGACGUUCUCAGUAGAAACUGAUGUGUUUGGUGCCAUGGAAGAAGUGCCUUUAAAACCAGGGGGAGCCAGUAUACUUGUUACACAGGAAAACAAGGCUGAAUAUGUCCAACUUGUUACUGAACUCAGAAUGACACGGGCCAUUCAACCUCAGAUUAAUGCUUUCUUACAAGGCUUUCAUACAUUCAUUCCACCAUCCUUGAUCCAGCUGUUUGACGAAUAUGAACUGGAACUUUUGCUUUCUGGUAUGCCGGAAAUUGAUGUGGAUGACUGGGAAAGAAACACAGAAUAUACAAGUGGCUAUGAAAGGACGGACCCGGUUAUUCAGUGGUUUUGGACGUUGGUGUGGAAACUAACUCAAGAGGAGAGAAUUCUUCUUCUGCAGUUUGUCACUGGCAGUUCCAGAGUCCCACAUGGUGGAUUUGCCUAUAUGAUGGGUGGCAGUGGAUUGCAGAAGUUUACCAUAGCUGCUGUGCCAUACUCUUCCAACCUUUUGCCAACUUCCAGCACUUGUAUCAACAUGCUCAAAUUACCCGAAUAUCCAACUGAAGAAAUCCUAAAAGACAGACUUCUCGUGGCUUUGCACUGUGGGAGCUAUGGCUACACAAUGGCUUAAAGAAACCCAGAAAUGCUCAUUUGGUCAGUUAUGCACAAUCUCAGCGUGACAAAUACUUUUAACUGACAGUGAGGAGAUGGUGCUUACAGGACUAAUAACUGUAUUACAAUAAUUGGAUUUAUUUUGUUAUACUUUAUGUAAAUUUCUAUCUUAUGCAUAUCAUGGCACAGACACUUUUUCCAAAGAACUUUUCUUAGUUUGGUUUUAUUUCCUUUGUUAGUUUCAAUGUUGUUACAUAGAAUGCCUCAUAUUUUAAAAAGAUUGUUUGAAUUUGUUUUGCCUGUUCUGUACACUUUUAUAUCGCACAAUUUUAAUACUUGAGUUCCUUGGGUGCAGUUUAGAUUAUGUGGUGACUGUUACUGAAUGCCAGAAAUGCACCAACAUCUAUUGUUUGUAGACAUUAGCAAGAAGCACUGUAAAUUUGUCAGAACCCAUGAAUUGUGUAAGAUACUUAAUUUUGAUUUUGAAUUGUGUAAGAUACUUAAUUUUGAUUUGUUUGAUUGAUGCAGAUACUCUAGUAUAAAUUUUAUGUUUACCGUUGUAAAAUAAUCAUAGAACCUGAAAGAUAUCAGAAAUGUUGACAUUUCUAAAAAACACUGAAAUAGACAGUGUGUAAUUAUUCUGGAAUAUUUUGCUGCUGUUAAUGAUGUCUGAAAAAUAUAUUGUAGGUAUAUUGUUUUUAGAUGUAUAUCAGCUUUGUAUUUUAGAGUAUAUAAUUCCUUGUUAUCCGAUCAUAAGUAUAGACAAGGUAAAUUAAAUAUUUUACAUUA